AUGGGGAAUCUGGUCAAUGACCUUGCAAAGAAAAAGAAACGAGUGAGUCAAGGCUUCCUUUCCACAGCUGAAGAUUUUGCAUUAACUUCCCCUCUUCUCCACAUGUACAUUAAUGAGUUGAUUGAAUAUGUUUUCCUUGCUAUUAAGGAUGAUGGAAGUAAAGAGGCAGGUGAAGACCAGUCACCUAAUGUAGUGAGUCAUAACAGUGAUCAUGCUGUUGCCGCAGAUGUUGCACCAGUUGAGUUUACUUCAAGGAAGAAUGCAUCUUCCUACAAUCAAGUGACUGAUUCGAUGGUGUCAAGAACUGACAAUCAUAAAGAGAUUUCCCCAGAUGCUUUAGAAAAUUUGAAUUCUAAUCUAUUUGGUGAGGAACAUUCGCGGCCUGCUGACUGGGCACGAAUACUGGAGGUAGCAACCCAGAGAAGAACUGAGACUCUAAUGCCUGAAAAUCUUGAUAACAUGUGGACCAUAGGAAGAAAUUAUAAAAAGAAAAUUCAGAAGAUUGCUGCUGGAGGACUUCAGGCUCCCAUGACAAAGGGUUCAGGAAUAUACAAUGCUGAACAUACAAGAAGUUCGGGAAAGCAAAUGUCAACUCAUAGGCCUGUAAUUUCUUCUGCAGUAGAAGAUAAAGUGCCGGUGCAGUUACCACCAAAAUUACAUACAGAGACUCGACUAAGUAAUAGGAACAACAAUGUGAUCGAUUUAUCUCGUGGCAUAAACAAGGAACAAUCUAUUGGAAAAGCACCACUUUUUGGUGAACUUAAGGAUACUGCUUAUCUUACUGCUAGUGGGAAUAAAGGUGGGCUUAAAAGAUCAAAUAGCACUUCUGCCCUAAAAGUUCAACCUAAUAUGGAAAAAACAUUCACAAGUGAGGGUGGUGGGCCCAUUAUUUCAGAGUUCUAUAGCCCAGAUUUUUGCAGGCAUACUGAAUUGCAUACUGCUAAGAGUGUUUCAGAUAUCGUGUUCCGCAGUGAAGGAAUCCUCACUCCCAAGCUUAGGUGCCGGGUUGUAGGAGCAUACUUUGAGAAACUUGGGUCAAAAUCAUUUGCAGUUUACUCAAUUGCAGUUACAGAUGCAGAUAGAAACACUUGGUUUGUGAAGAGAAGGUCUUGUUCUUAUCUUUAUAUUUAAUGGUUAUCCAGGCUCAUGUUUCUUCAUUGGCUCCAGUGCUAAUUAAAGUUGCUUUAAUCCUUCAUUUCAUUAAGAAAGUUUCUGAAGCUUUUAGCUCAGCUUGCUCAAUCCCUAUCUUGGAUGUUUUGUAGUUGAUCUUUUCAUUUUUAUUUAUUUAUACGUCAUCCUCAUUUUUUUCUCCU